CUGUCACAUACGGUAUAGACAUUUGUUUAAAGAAAAGGAGAUUUAUACUAGAGUCGGUGUCCUACAGCACUUAGUAGUAUGCGAUGGCGGCAGCCGCAACCGCAGCCAUGGCCACAGUAACCAGUCCGCUCUGUCCGUGGGUCAGCAGGGGCGGGGCGGCCGCCGAGCUAGACGAGGACGAGGAUGAGGACGAUGAGGACUUGGAGCCCCCGCUAUGCGACUCCUUGCCAGACGACGAUGCCUUACUGGUCGGCGCAGCCGAGCUGCUCGUGCGCGACGAGGACUGCGCCGAAACACAUGCCGCAACAGCCAAGCCCACGAGUGCAGUCGAGCAAAUCUUCAUUCUUGGGGUUUGCGGGAGAAAUCCAGGGGAAUAUUGGACACGGGCUUAUUAAGUUCAAGAAAGUGGUGGG